CACGUCAUGUUUGGACUUGGUUGGACUUGGAGGCCAAGAAAUAAGUAGAAGAGUUGAGAUAAAGCAAAUGGCAGCUCCGCUGCCUCUCAUUCUCAGAAACCCUUCUUCUCUCUUAGCUCCGAUCCCGACGAACCCUCCUCUCCGUCUCCCCAACACUCACUCCCAGAGCCACCACUACUCCCCUCUCUCCACAACCAAACCCUUUUCCGUCAUUUCACUCUCCUCCUCCUCCACUACCAGGCCCUUAUUCCCCAUCCUUAACUCCUCUAAGAUGGAAGGGAGUGAAACCACUGGGAAUGAAAUCACAGAGGAAGUUACUGAGACCACAACUGAAGCAACAAGUGUGAAUGGUUUGAAGAAGAUUUUUGUGGCUGGUGCUACUGGGAGCACUGGUAAAAGAAUUGUUGAGCAGUUACUGGCUAGGGGUUAUGGAGUAAAAGCUGGAGUUCGGGACUUGGAAAAAGCCAAAACUAGUCUUCCAAGCAACAACCCAGCUCUUGAAAUUGUGAAAGCAGAUGUGACAGAGGGUUCUGCGAAGUUGGCAGAAGCAAUUAGUAAUGAUUCGGAAGCUGUGAUUUGCGCCACGGGGUUUAGCUAUGGAUGGGAUGUGUUUGCUCCAUGGAAGGUUGAUAAUUUUGGGACAGUUAACCUUGUCGAUGCAUGCCGUAAAGUUGGUGUGAAGAGGUUUAUUCUGGUCAGUUCCAUUUUAGUCAAUGGAGCAUCAAUGGGGCAGAUUCUCAAUCCGGCUUACAUUUUUCUUAAUAUAUUUGGACUCACUUUAAUCGCAAAGCUUCAGGCAGAGAAUUAUAUCAGGAAGUCUGGUAUAAACUACACAAUAAUAAGGCCUGGCGGGUUGAGAAAUGAACCUCCAACAGGGAAUCUUGUGAUGGAGCCAGAGGACACUCUAUCUGGAGGCACCAUCUCCAGGGAUCUGGUUGCGGAAGUAGCUGUUGAGGCAUUGGUCACUCCUGAAGCAUCUUACAAGGUAGUUGAGAUAGUUUCCAGUGCUGAUGCCCCCAAGCGUACAUACAAGGAACUAUUUGGUUCGGUUAAGCAACGGUGACCUCUAAGUUUGAUUUCAGAAAAUUAUGUUGGCAGAUCAGUAUCCCCAUUUUUAGUAGCCUGUGAUGGCAUAUAUGCUUUUUCCAAUAUAUCUUGUACAUCAAUACUAUACCUCUUUUCAUUACAUUGAUAACGAUUGGUCUGAUGUCUCAUUUUGAAGACUUAGUAAUGUAAGAAUUAG